GUCAUGGCGGGCCUGUUCAAGAACGUCUUCGGCGGUUCCCAGUCCUCGAACCCUGCCAAGGUCGACGAUGACUUCGCCGACUUCGUCGAAGCCCCGAACCCAUCCCCGGCGUCCCUCGUGGCCGGCUCCUCCUCGACCCCAGCCCUGAACACCCAAGGCGUGGACUCAAUCACCCCGGUCCCCUACACAAAAUGGUACCGGGUCUGGGAGCGGACCUCCCCGCGUGACUUCAUGCAAGAAGCGACCGUGAUGCCAGUGAUCCUCCUGAUCAUCCUCUUCCACUUCUGGGGCACGCGCAAGAACCGCCGCAAGGCGCGCGACUGGGCGCAAGCUCACGCUUCUACUCUUUCCAGCGAAUUCGCCGUUGUCGGAUUCCACGGCCCCCAACAAGAGCUGACCGUCCCGGACUCCGACUCUCUGCUCAAGGAACGCUCCGCCCAGGAAUUCUCCUCCUACGCGACGGGUCGGCAGAACGUGGCGUUCGUGGACGUGGCUAUCAAGCUCCCUAAGCGGUAUAACCCUGUUACGUUCUGGGCGGAGCAUGUCAUGGGCUUCUUGUUUGAGAGCUGGUCGGCACCUACGGAAUCUUACGAGGCUACGGCCUAUACCUUUGACGGCAAGGAGAAGGAUGUGGUGCCUCUGCCUGCUAAUGACAAGUCCUCGUUGAAGGUUAACAACUCUACCUAUGAUGGAUUCAUUUGGGCUGUUGUGCACAAGAACUACAUGCGCAAGUUCCGUCAGGACCGCUAUGAUGCCAGCAUGACUUUCACUCGGGAUAACAACAAGCUGCCCAACUGGGUUACUGUCAUGACUGAGAGUGCGGAGAUCACCGAUGCGGUGCUUACCAAUGAGCUGGUCCAGGCUAUUGAGAAGGCCGGCAACGAUUUCAAGUACUUGAUUGUUACUGAUCAGCCGGUUGAUAAGCCUUUGAAGAUCGAGGAAACCACCCCCCGCAAGCGCAUCGAACUGUCCGUCACUCUCCCCUCCUCCGCCGAGGGCUACUCGUCCACCCUGCCUCUGUUUUCUCAGUUCCUGCGCUUCACUGACCGUCUCGUCGGUGCCGCUCACUUCCGCCCUGAGGUAACCCGCAAGAUCCGGAACGCUCGCGAGGAGGAAAUCAAGAAGCUGCGUCGUGCCGACGAGGACGAGAAGGCUGAGGAGCGCCGACUGGCAGCCGAGAAGGUCAAGAAGGAGGAUCGUGAGCGUCUCCUCCGUGGUCUGUCUGCUGAUGAGCAGAAGAAGUACCUGGAGCGUGAGCAGCAGAAGGAGCAUCGUCGUAUGAUGAAGAAGAGUACGCGCCGCGCAUGAGCGUGUUCUCUUAAGCUAUGGUGGGGAAGGCGGGAAAAGUACAUCGCUGCUUUCGCUGCUGCUGUUCCGUUGCAUAACUUCAUGUACAAUGUAUUCGUAAUUUCUUUUGGGGUCAGAAUGGCUGGCUAGCUGGUUGGUUGGAGGAUACCUAGGAGUCGAUACUGAUCUUAUCGAUCUAUUAAUGUAUCUUGAUAGUAUGAUGACUGAUGUCUUGACAGAGGGUUCCAUAUCUUUCAGGCCCAUAAUUGGAUAG